UGUUUUCCCAUGUGUUAAAUCAUUUGAACAGGGGGCAUAAAUUAUUUUUCCAGCAAAAGAUAAAAAAAGAAAGAAAGAAAAAAAAAAAAAGAAAACCUUCCUGUUGUUCAACUACUCCCUUUGCUUCUCUGUUCUUUAAUCAUAAGCCUCUAAAUUCUUGGAAAUGGCCAUUUUUUCAUUCAAAAGGUUUGAUUCUGUUAAACGUCAGGGACUGCCCUUGGGAAGAAUCCGACUGUAGGAGAUUGCUUAGCCCAUCAAGCUAACUUGCUCUGAGAUUCAUAUUAGCUUGGAGGAGAUUUAAAGUGCUAGGCCUCAACCAGAUUCAAGGAUAUGAACAUCGAUUAGAAGACAGAAGAGAGGAGGGAGGACCCAUCCUUUGAAGAUGAUGAACAUGGAUACGAGAAAACCUGUUGGUAACCUUGCUGAAUCGAUUCGUUCUCUCUUAGGAUUAAAGGCAAAUCUUACUUCCAGCUGGGCUGAUUCGGUUAGUGAUAUUAUAAAGAGUUUACCAUCAGAAGAACCACGCACUGAUAGGAUAAAACCUGCAAAGUCCGAAACAACAAAUUCCUUUGAUGACAAAGAGGUUAAUUCAGGCACUAUUAUUUUGAAGCUUAAAGAUGAACUUGCUGCCUUAACUGCAUACAUAAACCAGUUGAACAUUCAGAGAAGGCAGGUUCUAAAUGAAUUUCUGGACUUGAAAGGGAACAUUCGAGUGUUUUGUAGAAUCAGACCCAUCACUGUGGGGGAGAAUUCCAGCCAUUUAAGUACCGUCGUAACUUUAGAUUCAAGUAAUGCGCUGCUAAAACUUGCUGAGAAUAAGAGUAAACGUUACAGCUUUGACAAGGUUUUCCACCCGGGUUCAUCACAAGAUGAUGUCUUUUUGGAAGUUGAGCCAGUCAUCAAAACUGCCCUGGAUGGCUACAAUGCAUGCAUCUUUGCAUAUGGGCAGACAGGCACAGGGAAAACUUACACAAUGGAAGGUACUCCGGAUUGUCCAGGAGUAGUGCCCCGCGCAAUGGAGGUUCUGUUUAAGCAAGCAGUGGAUAGUAACCAUGCUUUUCUCUUCAGUUUCAGUAUGCUUGAGAUUUACUUGGGAAAUCUCAAAGACUUGCUUGUCCCUCAGUCAACAAAAGUAACAGAUCCCCUGCCACCAAGCCUCUCAGUCCAUACAGAUCCAAAGGGAGGGAUUGAGAUUGACAACCUUGUUUCCAUCCAAGUGAGUGAUUUUAAUCAAGCUCUAAGUCUGUACAGAUUAGGACGUCGGUUCAGAUCAACUGCUUCUACAAAUUCUAACAUAGCGUCAAGCAGAUCUCACUGCAUGAUUCGCAUAACAAUGACUUGUUCUGACGCACCUGAGAGACGAAGAGAAACAAAUAAAAUAUGGAUGGUUGACCUUGGGGGAAGCGAGCGAGUGCUGAAGACAAAGGCAUCUGGGAGAAGACUUGAAGAAGGAAAAGCCAUCAAUCUAUCACUUUCAGCGCUUGGACAUGUCAUCAAUGCGCUCCAAAGAAAAAGGCGCCACAUACCCUACAGGAAUAGCAAGCUGACACAAGUUCUUAAAGAUUCCCUCGGAGAGGAUUCAAAAACAUUGAUGCUUGUCCAUGUCAGUCCCAAAGAAGAAGAUCUGUGUGAGACAGUCUGUUCUUUGAAUUUUGCAACACGGGUGCGAAGCAUUCACCUUGUUUCUGAGGAAUCAACUCAGGAAAUAAGGGACCAGAAGGAACUUGCAAUGACCAAUCUGCAGCAGAAGAUUGAAUGGAUUGAAGCUGAACGUCAAAAUAUUAGAAGAAAGAUUGAUAAGUUGAAUGAAAGAUUAGAAAAUCUCACGAGGACCAUAUCAUCUUCCAAUGAGCAACUGGAAGCUUCCCAUCCAUCUAUGGAAGAGCCACAAUCUAAAGUAGAAAUUAUUAGUAACAGGACUGGGGAUGUUACAGCAGCUCCCAUACCAAGGAUACCAAGAUUUAUGAGGCCAACUAUUUGCAGUAGAAGAAAAUCUGGAAUAGAUCAUGAAAAUUCAGAAAAGAAAGGCCCUGCCUCUGCAAGGAGGAGAAAAGCAUUGUCUCGCCAUGCCGAAUCUGUAAGUUUCCCUGUAAAAGGUAUUUCAGAAUACAGCUCAGAUCACAGUAUUUCCAGAACUAGCUGCUUGGCAGGCUUGAACUUAAAAUGCAGUGCAGAUAAUGAAACAGAAUACAGUCAAGACACAUCGGAGUGUGAUGUCAAAAUGGUUGUUUUUCCAGAACGGGAAAACUUGCUAAGGAGUUCAAUUCGUAAAAAGGCUCACUUCAGUCAUACUGAGGAAUGUGGAAAUAGAAAGACAGAUAAACUUGAUUCCACAAAAUUCUCGAAGGUUGACAAUUGGCUUCAUUUACAUAAAAAUGAACCAACUAUUAGAAGUUACAUGCAUAGGAGUAAACAGGUUCUUGCUAUUCCUAAUCCAGAGAAGAAAGAUGAGUGCAAUGGGCAGAAUAUAUCAGAAAAGUUACAAGAUGACAAAGUACAUAAUCAAGAGCAUGCAAUCAAUACUAUUGCUGACCAUCAAAUUGAGAAACUGACUGGUGAUGGGGUAGCUGGAACAUUCAUAUCUGAGGUGGCAAUUGAUAAAACAGUGUCAGAGUUGAAGGAUUUUAUCAGUAAGAACCCCAAUCCCAACUCUGUUUAUCCCUCUCAUGCCACUGAUGGCACAAAUAUGAUUCAAACACAAGGUUUGGUUGAUGGCCCACUGGUAGAGGAAGACAAAACUGGCCCUUUCACUCCACCUGAGGUGUUGUGUGUUAGGUUUAUUCAGAACACGGACAAUAGGAUGAAGGGAAUACCUAUUAACCAGGAAAUAACAGGCAAAACACAAUGUUCAGACACUUUCAUGCUAAACAACAGCAAUUGCUGCCACUUUUAUCCACCUGAUAUGGAUAAUGGUAGUAUUGACCUUAUAGAAGAUUCGGAUGUCUCCACCUCAAUAUCAGAACUGAAAUCACAUUGUCCACAAGUGCCUAGCAACAGUGUAGAAGAUGCUGAAAAGGAAAGCUUAUGUGUAUCUUCUCAACACUUGGAAAUAGGGACAAGAUCUUGCUUGCACAGAUUCAGAUCUCAAAGAGCUUUAUUUAUGGACACCACAAAGCCAAAAGAUCUUACCAUGUUCUUUGAUGAAUCACAAGGAAAUAUGGGCACAGGGAUAUGUGAUCUCCUCAAACAGAAAAUCCGGAUUUUUUAUGCCAGUGCUCUUCUAGGAUUGGGAUUUGAGAACUUGGGAUUUGAACAUGAAUUCUUCUAUGGUUUAAUGCAGUGAAGUAGAUCCAAGUUGAUGACAAUAGGAAACAGGCUCCAAAUUAAUAAAAGGAACAUGCACAUAUGUGACAGUUUGUGAGCCCAUCAAGUUAUUUCCUUGAAGCACUAUGCCAACAUAUACAGCUGGGACUCUCUGUUUGAUGGACAAAGAGAAUCAAAGGUUUCUGGAUGAGUGUAAAACAAACUGAGCAGCCACAGAGACUGUAUAAAUAUUAAUUUAUUUUUUUAUCUCUAUGCCUGUAUCCAGUAGGCUCCUUUAGAUUAAAGUACAAUAUAUAAAAAUCUGAGGGAUAUUGAGAACAAUUUCA